AUGCAAUCUGUCACCACGCAGAGCUCGGAGCCAUACUUCCCGUUCCUCGGCGGUCACGCGCCGCCCGCGGACUACCGGGCCGAGGGCGACGAGGACGGCACGGUCAAGUGCUGCUGCGUGUGCUACACGUUCCUGCGGCAGCAGUGGGAGCAGUACGACCGCGAGAACAAGCCGCACAGCCAGCGGUUCUAUUGGAUGAAGCGGCUCGAUGGGAAACCGUUUAUUGGCGCGGACAUGUCGUUCCAGGGCGAGUACGCGGCGCAGGUGCUGGGGCUGGGCGCGGAGGGCGCGCCGCGCGACGAGCCGCCGCCGCCCGCGCGCGCGCCCGACCCGCCGCGACCGCAGUCGCCGAAGAAGGACGCCAAGUAUCCGGGGAAUGUCCGGGCGCGAUACACACCUGGGGUCGGUGGGGCUGGUAUCACCACGGGCGAGGAGGAGGGCGGCGUGCUGGACCUGCGCGCGCGCGACCCGUCCGUCAUAUCGGUCGGCUCGCAGCACUCCGCCGCCAGCGAGCCCGCCGGAUACCUGGACGCUGUCAGAUCGACAGUGUCCGUGUACUCGGGCAACUCGAACUCGAGCUCGGACCGCGACAUCCUGGACCUGUCGAUGCCGGACAAGAACUGCAUGACGGAGGUGUGCUACGUGUGCGGCGACGAGCUGCGGCGCGGCGCGCUCGUCAACCUGCACACCAAGGAGCCCAAGGACAAGUGUAACAAGCAGCCGUACUUCCCGAUAUUCGGCGAGCAGCACCCGCGGCCGCCGCGCUCGCGGCCCAAGGACGCGGCGGGCACCGUGCGCGCCUGCGCCGCCUGCCACACGCACCUGCUGCAGCAGUGGCACGCGCACCAGAUGCGCGGCGUGCCGCUGCACGAGCGCGUGUACACGCUGCGCACGCGGCCGCCGUCGCUCCUACCGCCUUCGCCGCUGAGCCUUGCGUCCUCCGGGGAUAAAGCUGCCCAUGCACACUCCCCUUCCCUGGAGCGUUUGGAACGCUUGGAGCGGUUAGAACGCUUGGAAAGGCUGGAGGGGCGUGCGACGGCGACGUUCGUGUGCUACGUGUGCGGCGUGCCGGCGGCCAGCUCGCAGCUGCGGCUGGUGUACUGCUGCGCGAACCCGGAGCGCGAGCCGUACUACCCGUUCAUAUGCUCGCUGAAGGCGCACCCCGACGCGAGCCCCAUCAGUCCGCAGGGUAUGGUGCAAAUAUGUGCGUCGUGCUACAAGAGCAUACCGCACAAGUACCCCGCGUACAGCGAGAACGGUGAGCCGAACGCCGCUCACAAUGCGCACACUAACAAUAAUAUUAGGUUUAAGCCGUACGAAAUAAAAAGUUCGCUGGGUGCAACGAAGCGGCCGUCCAGCGCCCUCGCAGCCUCACCGCACUCGCACCUCGUCGCCGCUGAGAACGGGAUGGGGCUGUACAGGUGCUACGUAUGCGCCGGCCUGUUCCCGCAACAGUCGAUGGAGUGGCUGUCCACUAGCGCCGAGUACAUGAACUCGCACGCGAUGCACUUCCCGUGCCUCGCGGUGUGCGGCGCGGGGGCCACGCAGGGCCCUGCGGGGGCCGCCGGGGCCCCGGGCGCUGGGGGGGCCCCCGCGACCCCAGGGGCCACCGGGGUCGUGCGGGGGGGCCGCGUACUGGCGUGCUCGCGGUGCGUGCGGCACCUGGCGCGGCAGUGGGAGCUGAUGGAUGCUGAACGGGUGCCCUUGGAGCAUCGGAGGUACAACAUCCCGUCCCCACUGCCGGCGGGCGGAGCGACGGGCGAGCGGGUGAUACCAACCCCACCUUCCACCACCUCGGACCGCACCGUGGCUAGUAAUAGCGCGUGCACGUCGAUAUACUGCUUCCUGUGCGGGCUGCACUCGGACUUCACUUUGGCUCGCAUCCUGUACGGCCAGCCGCAGGGCAACGCGCCAUACUUCCCGUGCCUGCUCACGCAUCAGAGUCAUCCGAACGCGGAACAGCUCCGCGAGAACGGAUCGGCGCUGGUGUGCACCUUCUGUUACCACUCGCUGCUUAGCCAAUGGAGGAGGUACGAGGAGAGCGGCACGUUCCCUGCGGAGCGGCGCACGUACAACACGCACGACUACCACUGCCACCUGUGCGCCAUCAAGACGUACCGCAAGCGUGUGCGCGCGCUGCCCAUCAAGGAAUUCCCAUUCUUAAGUCAAAGAAGAACUGAAAACUCGUUAUUAUUAGAAAAUGGAGACUAUGCUGUAGUAUGUUUAGACUGUUAUGAAAGUUUAAGGACGCAGGCGCAGGACUACGAGCGGCGCGGCGUGCCGGUGGAGAAGCGCGAGUACAACUGGCUGCAGCAGCCCCCGCCGCCCGAGGACAGCGCUGACGUCACCAUCGCGCGCCUGCCCUCCGGCGACCGCUCCGACAAGCUGAUCCCCCAGUCCCUGGUGGUGUCGCGCGGCAAGCGGCACAGCCCCAAGGCGCCCGAGCGUCGCGCGUUACCCGCCCCGCCGCACGCGCACGCGCACACGCACCCGCACGCACACGCGCACGUGACAGCGGGACAUGCGCAUGUACAAGCGGGGCAUGCGCACGCGCACGGCAAGAUCGAUCAAGGUGUGAGCGCGAGCAAGAUCGCCAAGCGGACGGACAUAGCCCCGAACAAGGGCGGUCCGUUCGCGGCGGCGCUGCGCACGCUCGCCAAGAACGCGGGCCCCGACGCGAAGGACGGGAGACUGGCCAAGCCAGUUCAACCAGUGCUACCUACCACUGAGGAGAGGCCACCACCGACUUCAGACACGCUACCACCACCCAUAGUCUCUACAGCACCAUCUCUACCACCGCCGUCAAACUUACCUUCAGCUUUACAAUCAACUAUGCCAUCCACCAUUCCCAUAGCUGCUAUCCAGCCUAUGCCAAAAUCUACAGAAGCUUUUAAACCACCCGAAGAAUCUAACCCGCUGCCAUACCCAGAGAAACCUACGUUUGUUCCUCCCAAAUCUAUUUCUCAGUCCCCAAAAAUAUCACCUUCAUCGAUUCCAAAUCCAAGCCCUAGCGUAGCCACUACAAAACAAGUGCAAGGUUAUCCCAAUUAUGGAUGUUACAUGUAUUCUGUACCGGUCUACUCCGCUUUUCAACCUGUAUCCUAUCCAGUUAUAGUGCCACCCAAUACCAGUUCACGAAAUGAUCAGCCACCUGCGACUGAAGUCGUUUAUCCUCUAGUUCAAACUAAAGAAGCGACGCCUUUAGCCAAUGAAGAUAAAAAUAGCGAUGCCAUGCCACCUGACAAACCCCCAGACGAAGUUAUUAAAUCUCAAACGGACUUUGAAGAACAUUUUACGCCCAAGGUUGUUUCUACUUCGUUUACAGAAAAUGUAAAUCAGAUCAAUGAAACCAAAAUAGAAAAUAAGAUAGAAGAUUCUACUUCUACUGUUACAAUGGGCUCAAAUAAAGAUUCAAUAAAGAAACCUCCAGCGGAAAGAUUCAGCUUAAAGACCAGUAUACCAAUAAGUAAAAUUGAUAUGAAGUGUGUUACUAGUACUCCGGAAGGUUUUCAGGCACCAAUGAAAAAGCCUUUUAAUCCUGCUUUUCACACUACGAAAUCUGAAUCACCGAAAAUUGAAAUUCAGAGCAAUGUGCUAAUUAACGAUAAAAGUUGCAAAGAUACUACAAAUAGUCCCAUACCAGUAAAUAGUAUAAGCACUUUAAUAUCAGCAGCAGAAGUAAUUAAUCAAGCUGAAACUCAAUUUCGGAAACCUGAGCCAAAACUUGACCCUAUUAUGGACCUUAAGAAAGAUCAAAGUGGACAAUCUAGUAACUUGCCUUCGCGUCCUACAUUUAAUUCUAAAGAUAUAAGCAAGCCAAAUCUAUCCACUUCGUCACAUGAAAGAUCUAUUAAUGAACAAAAAAAUCAAAUAUUGCUAAUUCAAAAUAAAAAUUCCACGAACCAAAAAAUGUUGUUAGCUAUACAACAACAAAAUCCCCAAGUAUUGCUACAAAGAACAACUAUCGACCAAAAAAACGUGCAACCUCCUUCACGACCAUCGAGCCAAACAAAAAAGUGUAAAGAAGAACUCAUCAGUGAAAACGGAUCGUCGUCUAAAGUAGUUUCACUUAAACGAACGCAUCAAGGCGACUGUGAUGAGAAUGACUUCGAAAAUCUCAUCACUGAAAACCAAAUAUAUGGCAAUAAGAUAGUCGUGAAGGAGAAGACGCAAGGUACGUUGCAAGAGCAAGAAAUAAAGGCAAAAAAUAAAACUGAGAAGCCAGUACAAAUUCCACCUAAAAAUGUUGUUCUACAAUCGAAUUUUGUAUACCUCAGUAAUGUUCAGUUUCCAGCCAAUGUUAUGAUGUUUAAAAAUAACGUAAAAGUUAACAAUGAAAGUUCAAAAGUUAACACUCCUCCAAAUGAAAUCAAACAACAAGAUAUUAGUUUAAACAACACCGACAUUUCUGUUAAGCCGAAAUCAACAACAGAUACCAAAGACGUUCACAUACUAAAAUCGAGUAAUAACGUAGUCCAAAAGCCGCCAAAUAAACAAAACAAAACAGAUGUAGUGUUUCAAGCGCCUAAUCAAAAAGUAAUGAUCAAUCCGCAAAUAGUUUACCAAGUUCCAAUGAUCAUUGAUCGCGAUAAUAAAUUAAAUCAGCAAAUUAUUAAUCGCGACCCUACUAAAGUCUCGGCAGAUGGUAGUAAAGAUACUCAAAAGCAAACGGAUCCCAAAACAAACGAUAAAGUUUUUUUCGCUUGUCAAAUGGAUACAAAACUACAACCUAAAAUAUUAAUCACAAACAUCCGACCAAAAUUAAGUAUAACUGAAGAAGUUAGUGCAUUAGAUCUUUAUGAGAAAAGAAAAAGGAUUCGGAGACUGAAACACCUGACGAAUCGUGAUAACAAAGAAAGUAAAAAAGCGACCUCAGAAGACGGCACAAAAAACAUCAUAACACCAGACAAAAUGACAAUCGAAAUGUACAAUGAAUUUAUUUCGAAAAAGGCAGAUACUGAUGAUGUUGAUAGUGAUAGUGAAUACGAAGACAACGCUAUUGCAGAUUAUAAUAAAAUCAUUGAAGACUACGGACCAUCUAAAGAAAAUAGACAAGGGAAACAAGAAUUCCUUGCAAAUUUCAGAUUGGCUACGAAAAAUGUAUACAAAGAUAAAGAAAUGGACCGUCAAGAAAGGAUCAUAAGGAAAGAUUCUGUAGCAUCUGCUUACAUAUCUGCUGGUAGACUCGAUAUCCUCACAAAAGAUGACCGACGGCAAAACAUUAGUACAGAAUCAUCUCUAGAUGAAACCAUUCCAAUGUACUUAGAAGAGACUGGCGUUCAGCAACAAAGGAAACAAAUGUUCCUAGCUCAACUGAAACUUACCCAUGUUAACAAACAUUACAGAGAGGGUUACGAGAAGAUAUGGCAGGAGGUUAUCAAAGAGAGGAAAAGGAGGAAUGGAGUAGAACUUCACAACCAAACGAAGCAAAUAAAACUCGACCCACAAAAUCUAAAUUUAGAUCCGAAUGGACAACUUAAACUUUUAACGGAAAUAAAGAAGCAAGUCAAUGAAAAUAACAAUCUUAUUAAGAAGAGAAUAGAUUCACACUGUGAUAGUGGAGACAGUAUUAAAGUAUUAGCAGAAAAGAAUUUUUCUGAACUGAACAGAUUGUCGAAAAUAGCGAACAUAAGUAUAAAACACUUUAGUGGCCAAGAUACAAAAAAACGUGAUUUGAAUCCAGGUUUCGACAGCGAAAACAUUCAAGCAAAGCCAAUCCCGAAUUAUACAGAAAUAAAUAUACCAAAUGUAACUAAAUUAAUUUCGUUAAAAAACAUAGAGACAGACAAAGGUGGAGUAGCAGAUACAUCAGUGGAUGAGUCGAAGGGCUCAGCUGGUUUAGAAGUUGUUAAUGAUAACGGAGAACGCGUGCGAGACUUCAGCUGCCAAGUUGCAACCAAUCCGUGGCCAGGAGUCGAAGGUUUCAUCAAAAACUAUAAAGAUUAUGAUGCAGCUCGAAAAAAGGAAAUUGCAGAUCUAACUCGUCGUAACACAACUUUGAGGGUCGAAAGUGCCUACGUCACUCGCAACGCAUCCAGAGACUCUGACCGGGCAAAAGCUCUGCUUGCUGAAAGGAAGAAUCUCGCAAAUGAAGAGGCUGCAGUCAGACAAUCAAUCCAGAGGCUGUACACAGCUAUAGAGACUAUAAGAAACUGUCGUAGUGACACAUAAUUUUAAGUCAUUUGGAGGAGAUCCAUAUUGUAUAAUUCAGAUAGAGAUAAAGGACGCACAUUUCAAUGUAAUGGUGAAUGCCUAGGCAUUACCUAUCUACAACUAUAUUAUAGGACAGUCAAAUCUUAAAGUACAAGCUCUAUUUUUUGUUUAGCUUGUAAUUAGCAAAUCCUGUAUCACUACCUAAUAACUAAAUUAAAACUUUAUGUGAAUUUGAUGCACCUUUGAUACCUACUGAGAGUUUUUUGAAUUACGAGAAAUACAAAUACAUAAUGAAAUGAAAUGAAUGUAAGUAACUAUGAAUGCAUUGGUCAAUUUUAUGAAUACAUAUUGUAUGGUUUCUAUAUCGGGAAAUUAAAGUAAUAUCUAACUACAUCGAUCUAGAAAGUGGUAUUAUUUACUUUGUAAGCGUAUGUAUUUUUAUUAGUAGGUACUUAUUAAUAUGCUAGUUAAUAAAACAAACACAAUACCUAUAUACCUAAUUUAUUACGUAUAUAACAUAUAAUUUAAAAGUAAUUCAUGUGAAUGUGAACGGUGGACCUGCACGGCUUUGUUCGUUGUUCACAAUAAAACAUACUUUAUUCAUAAAUCUUGCACUUUAUCAAUGAAGUUAAAUAUUUUGUAUAAUAAAUAAUUAUACUACUUAAUAAUGUUUAUUUUUACCGAUUUUUAAAAAGGACUGGACUGCUAAGCAUGUUUUGAAAAAUUAAUUUGAUAGA